AUGGAGUUGGAACCUGUUAAAGAAAGGGUGAGUGGUGCCGUGGAAGAUCUCAGUCUUUGCAUAUGUAAUGCAGGUUUUAAAAGUGAAUUCUCUUCUCAAGAGACCUGGCUCUUAACUCGGUCUACCUAUGCACAAACUGAUUGGGCAAAAUCUGUUUGGUUCUCUCAAGCUACUCCUAAGUAUGCUUUCAUUUCGUGGUUGGCUAUGCUGGAUAGGCUAGCUACUAUGGAUAGGAUUGUGCGUUGGAGUAGUGGUGUCGACGAUACUUGCGUGUUGUGUAAAAGUGCAUUAGAAUCCAGAAGUCAUCUCUUCUUUGAAUGUUCUUACUCAUCUCAGCUAUGGGAGCACCUUGUUCUUGGUGUUGUGGGGAACUUGUAUACGACAGUCUGGACUUCUAUUUUGGACUUGCUCAAGAGGCCUGAGAGAGAUAAGAGAAAGUUAUUCUGUUUGAGAUAUGCAUUUCAGGUUGCUAUCUAUGUGAUUUGGCGUGAGAGGAACAAGAUCAAGCAUGGUGAAAAGCCUCUUCCUGUGAUUGUAGUGAAGAAGCUAGUUGAUAAGGAGGUCAGAAAUAAACUAAGUCUUAUGAAAUCUAAGGGGUGCAAGGGUAUGGAGCUUGCUCUUCAAUACUGGUUUAGCACAAGGGUUUGA